CUGGCAGUGAUUGAGGGUGUCUCCGCUGUUGCUAGGCAACGGAAUGCGGAACACAUGCUAAUCCCCCUUGUUAGCAAACAGACACUUGGGAGUAAAAAAAAAAAACAGUUCUGGAGCCGAGCUAAUAUUUGAGUCAUCGGCUCCCACGGUUGAGUUCGAGCGAGGCCACGGCAUCGUCGAUGGUCGUGGGGCGAACAUGUCCGACGACGACGACGACGGCGGCGGCGGCGGGAGCGGCGUGCCCGCUCUCCUGCAGGACGCCAGCGUGAACUUUGUGGCGGAGACAGUUUGCGGGCUGCUGCGGCUGCAGCGACAGACCUGGGAGAGGAGCGCCGCCGCCGAGGACUUCCAGGCGCUCCUGGGGGACUUCUUCGAGAGGGGGCCCGCGGUGUUCUUCUCCUCGCCCAGGAGCGCCUGUCUGGUCGCGUCGAAGGAGGUCCCACCCACCGCUCAGAACAAGAUCAUCUACUUUCUGAAGAAGAGGUGUGAUCCCAUCGACUCUGACAACUACAGGGGCCUCCUGCUGUUCGGCCUCCUGUCCCCGUCGCCACUUCUGCAGCUGGCAAGCACAGUUGAGCAGGUAUGCGUCCCACUGCUGUCAAACAACAAAAACCACCAGAUGUGGCCCCACCUGUUGUCCGAAGAUAUCGUCCGACACGUGGAGAGCGUGCGCAGUGUGACAUCAGUUGUGCGAGGACAGGUCUUAGGGGAAACCGUUCUGCCUGUCCCGACCGCAACAGACUGGAUAGACAAUUCACACAGCACCUUCCAGAUGUGUAAUUACUAUGACAGGGCACUGGCCCACGCCAUAGAGACCCAGGUCAUCAACUGGACCGCUCUAAUCCAGAAAAUCUUGAAGGAGGAUUCAUCAGAUCUACUCACGACAGGUUGUACUCCAGGGCCCAAUGUAGAGCUUAGGUUUUGGGAAUCCAGGGAGAGCAAUGUACGGAGCAUCUAUCAUCAGCUUCAGAGUCCCACUGUUAAAAAGAUGGCAAAGAUGUUAGAGAUGAUGGAUAGCAGCUAUCAUCCAACAAUCAAGAUUCUAGUUGGAAAUGUAUUCGAUGCACUGCAAGAAGCCCAGGACAUUAACCUUCAUCUACAGCCACUACAUGCACAUCUGACUCAGCUGGAAAAGGACGGAUUUCCUCACUUGGAAACAUUCAUCCCUGCACUGUUUCACACCCUCUUCCUUAUCUGGACCAACUGCCAGUCUUAUCAAAGGCCGGCACGCAUGGUGGUGUUGCUGCAGGAGCUUUGCAAUCUGCUCAUCGAACAGGCAACCACAUACCUGUCUGUAGAUCUGCUUGCCAGAGAGGACCCACUGGAAAGUCUACAGCUGGUAAAGACAGCAAUACAAGUCUUCAGAUGUUUCAGAGGCAGUUACCAGACCCAGAGGAAGCGGUUGGCCAACCAUGUACAUCAUGCUCCCUGGGAUUUCCCAUCUGCCAUGGUUUUUGCACGUUUCAACCGGUUCCUUAAUCGUAUUCUCCAGCUGGAGGGCAUGUUUGAAGUUAUGCUGGACUUUCAGAGGAUGGAGAAGCUAGAAUUUGGUGGAGUACAAGGGAAGCUCUACAGCGAGCAUGCAGCUCAGAUGUAUAAAGACUUCAGUAACCACUGCCAAAUGCUGAAGCACAGUGAAAACAGCCCACUCGACUUAAACUCUCAGGUUUUUGAAGACGAGUAUAAGGAUUUCAAAGAGUGGAUUGUGGACUUUGAAUGUCAACUUGCCAGCCUUCUGUCCUUGGCUUUUAAGGCUUGUUCAGGACUGGAAUCGGCUUCCAAACUGCUGACUAUUGUUGGACCCUUCCUGGAGAGACAACGGAUUAGACAGAUAUUCAGCCCCAACUUCCUUGUGCUGCAGCAAUAUUUCAGGGAGGAGCUGGAGAAAUGUAAAUGCCUGUUUAAAUCCCAGAUCAAGCAGAUGGAGAAUGGUCUGACCAAGAACAUGGCUCACACAUCUGGAGCUUUGAAGUGGGCAAAAAUGCUCAGAGAACGUAUUCAAACACCGUGGGAAAAAAUCAGAUUACUACUUGACAUGCCUGCAGGAGGUGUGGAGAUGGUGAAGGAGAACAGCGUGUACAAGGAGAUGUUGAGUCUCCUGGACCAAUAUGAGGAGGACAUUUACUCUGACUGGUGUAAUGGUUUAGAACAGGCCUGCGUGAUGAACCUGAACCAGCCCCUUAUCUCCAGAAAUGCCUCAUCUGGCCUGGUCUCAGUCAACUUCAAUCCAAAGCUGACUGAAGUCUUGAAAGAUGUGAAAUAUAUUCAGAGUCUCAGUAAGAUCCACAUCCCUGCAGCUGCAAUGACUGUUUUUGACAAGCGCGACAUGUUCACAAAGUAUGUGAGCAGUCUGCAGCUGCUGGUGCAAUGGUACAACAAGCUCAAGCAGACGGUGCUCGAGGUUGAACUUCCUCUCAUCCGAGCUGAGCUGGAAUCCAUAGACGUGCAGUUGACAAGAGCAGAGACUGACCUGACUUGGCAGGAUCUGGACUGCGGGAGCUUCAUCAGCACCACCAAAGACCUGGUCCAAGACCUCGUAUGUCGAGUCAGCAGAGCGAAGGAAAACUGCAACGCCAUUCAGUCACUUAUGAAAUUGUGGAGCAAGCAAGCCAUGUUUUGCCGAAAGGACAACAAGAGAGGCUCGCUCAUACAGCUGGAGGACAGAGGCGACCGUGUCAACAAGAAGUUCAGUGGCACGAAAAAGGACGGAGAUUCUAUCCACGAGCUGGUGCAGGACAACAUGGUCCUUCUCCAUGCUGACCCUGCCUCAGAAGCGUGGCAGUCGUACCUGGAGUACGUGGAUGAGAUGGUGGUGGAGGGGCUCUUCAGCUACAUCAGCCACUCGCUUCAGUUCUUUGUGGACAACAUGCAGUCAUGGCCUAACCAGGCUCCUCUCUUUGAGGCUCAGCUGAUGCUGAAUGGCUCAGCAAUGAUCUUCCUCCCGUCACUGGAGCGAGACGCAGGGGACGGCCUCUACGAACUGAUGGAGGGACUGGUCGGAGACAUAUUCAAGACUUCGGUGAAUAUCAACCGAGUGGCUGCUCACCUGAGCACGGAGAGCUACCAGGUUGUAAUGGAUGACAUGCUAGAUUUGUUGGACCUGAGACGCGAAAUAAUGGAGCGAGUGGAGAACAUCCUUAAGAAAGCAAUAAAUUACCAGAGCAAGUUUGACUGCUACACUCAUCUGUGGCAAGAUGACAGGGCUGAGUUUCUCAGCCAGUUUCUCCUGUAUGGACAUGCACUCACAGCUGAUGAGAUGGAGGCCCACAGAGCAGAUGUUCUGCACGAGAGCCCGCCUACAAUCGAUAACUUCAAAGAACAGAUAGAUUAUUUUGAGGAUCUCUAUGCUGAAAUUUCCAAGCUCGAAGAUUUCCGAGUUUUCAACGGAUGGUUUCGGGUGGACGUCAAGUUCUUUAAAGUCAGCCUCCUCAACAUUGUGAUGAAGUGGAGCUGGCUUUUCAAAGAGCACCUCCUGACAUAUGUCACAAACAGUCUUGACGAUCUGCAAAUGUUUGUCCGAGCCACUGUUGAAGGGCUAAACCAUCCUGUCGACAAGCAUAACUUGGUGGAGGUUAUGAGUCAUCUGCUGGCUGUCAGAGACAGACAGAUGGCCACAGACAAGAUGUUCGAGCCUCUUAGAGCCACAAUAAUCCUCCUGGAAAGAUACGCAGUGACCAUACCAGACCAGGUCUACUCUCAGAUGGAGGAACUCCCUGAGAAAUGGUGUGGGGCUAAAAAACUGGCCUUAAAAGUGAGGCAUGAGGUGGCACCCAUGCAGAAUGCAGAAGUGAUGGUUUUACGAAGACGAUGCAUGGCAUUUGAGGUCAAACAAACCAAAUUCAGGGAGAUGUUCAGAGCAACUGCACCCUUCAGUUACAAUGCAGUACAUCCCUACAUCAAUUUGGAGAAAUCUGAGAAAGCAAUUCGACACAUGGAGAAAGAAGUGGCAGAGCUUCAGGAGUCCACCAAUCUAUUUGAUGUUGCUAUUCCUGACUACAGAGACAUUAAACUCUGCAGAAGAGAGAUCACCAUCCUCAAAGAACUGUGGGACAUGGUUGAAUUUGUGCAGAGCAGUGUGAAAAACUGGACAGUGACCAACUGGCGGCAGAUAAACGUGGACCAGAUGGAUGCAGAAUUGGGGAGGUUUGCCAAGGACAUACGCAAGCUUGACAAAGAGGCUCGCGUGUGGGAUGUGUAUUCUGGGCUAGACCUUUAUGUAAAAAACCUGUUGACGUCACUGCGGGCCGUGAGUCAUCUACAGAACCUGGCAAUAAGAGAGCGCCACUGGGUGCAGCUAAUUAGAACAACACAGAUGGACAUCACUGUCACUGACAGCACCACCUUGGAGGACCUCUUGGCUCUACAGCUCCAUUUGAUCGAAGAUGAAGUUCGCAACAUAGUGGAUAAGGCAGUAAAAGAAGUGGCCAUAGAGAAGGUUGUAGCAGAAAUUAGUGAAACCUGGGAGUCAAUGGAGCUUUCAUAUGAAGAUCAUUACCUAUCCUCUUUGCCGCUUCUUAAAUGUGAUGAGGAACUUAUUGAAACUCUGGAUGAUCAUCAGGUUCAGCUGCAGGGAGUCUUUCAAAGCAAGCAUGUAGAUCACUUCCUGAUCCAGGUGCUGGAGCUACAGAAACAGCUGACUGUGGCUGACUCGGUGCUGAUGGUCUGGAUGGAGGUCCAGAAGACAUGGGCCUACCUGGAAAGCAUCUUUAAAGGCUGUGAUGACAUCUGCCAACAGCUGCCUGCAGACGCACACCGGUUCCAAGCUAUAGAUGGAGAAUUCAAGGAACUAAUGUUGAACAGUGCCAAGACCAAAAAUGCGAUUGAGGCCACCAACAAGCCUCAACUAUUUGAGAAGUUAGAAGAUCUACAAAAAAGGCUGGCACUGUGUGAAAAAGCUCUUGCUGAAUACCUGGAGACAAAGAGACUUGCAUUUCCACGAUUCUACUUUAUUUCAUCUGCAGAUUUGUUGGACAUUCUCUCUAAAGGGAGUCGUCCCAAAGAGGUAACUGUCCACCUCUCAAAAUUGUUUGACAACAUGUCAGAUCUUGAGUUUGCACAAAAUGAACAGCUGGACAAUCCUAAACUUGCGGUGGGCAUGUACAGCAAAGAGAGGGAAUAUGUCCCGUUCAAGACUGAAUGUAGCUGCUGCGGGCCAGUGGAGGCAUGGCUCGCUAGUCUUGAAGAGUCUAUGAAGGACUGUGUCAGGGGUCACUUGUCCGAGGCUGUGUCUGUGUACGAGGACAAGCCCAGAGAGCAGUGGAUCCUCGACUUCCCCGCCCAAGUGGCUCUCACUGGAUCUCAGAUCUGGUGGAGCAAUGAUAUGGAGAUUGUGUUUAAAAGACUGGAGGAAGGUUUUGAUUCUGCACUAAAAGACUACAACAAGAAACAGGUUUCUCAACUCAGCUCACAGAUCAGCAUGCUACUGGGAGAGCUGAGCUCGGGAGACAGACAGAAGAUCAUGACCAUUUGCACGAUUGACGUCCAUGCUAGAGACGUUGUCACCAGCCUCAUCGCGCAAAAGGUCACCACCUCACAAGGCUUCCACUGGCUCUCCCAGCUCCGACAUAGCUGGAAUGAGCAGCAGCGCCACUGUUAUGUCAACAUCUGUGAUGCUCAGUUCCUGUACUCUUAUGAGUAUCUCGGAAACACUGCACGUCUAGUCAUCACUCCCCUCACAGACCGAUGCUACAUUACCUUGACUCAGUCACUCCACCUGACCAUGAGUGGAGCCCCAGCAGGUCCUGCUGGAACAGGGAAAACUGAGACCACUAAGGAUCUUGGCAGAGCCAUGGGCAUCAUGGUAUACAUCUUCAACUGUUCUGAACAGAUGGAUUACAAGUCAAUCGGAAAUAUCUACAAGGGUCUGGCCCAGACCGGAGCAUGGGGCUGCUUCGAUGAGUUCAAUCGUAUCGCCGUGGAUGUUCUGUCAGUUGUAGCAGUGCAGGUCAAAACCAUACAAGACGCCAUUCGAUCUAAAAAGAAAAGGUUCCUGUUCCUCGAUAUGGACAUUGCCUUAAAGCCCUCUGUGGGUAUUUUUAUCACUAUGAACCCUGGCUAUGCAGGCAGGACAGAGCUACCCGAGAACCUCAAGGCUCUUUUCAGACCCUGUGCCAUGGUGGUGCCUGACACUGAGCUUAUUUGUGAGAUAAUGUUGGUGGCAGAGGGCUUCCGUGCUGCUAAGCUUUUAGCCAGGAAGUUUAUUACCCUGUACACUCUCUGCAAGGAACUGCUCUCCAAGCAGGACCACUAUGAUUGGGGUUUGCGUGCUGUCAAGUCUGUUCUGCUUGUGGCAGGGACACUGAGGAGAAGAGACAAGACAAGACCAGAGGAUCAGGUGCUGAUGCGGGCUCUGAGGGACUUCAACAUGCCUAAAAUUGUGACUGAGGAUGUGACCAUCUUUUUGGGGCUACUCGGUGACCUGUUCCCAGGCCUGGAGGUGGAGAGAGAGAGGAGCUAUGAAUUUGAAAAGGCCGUCCGCAAGACAACACUUGAGCUCCGACUCCAGCCUGAGGAACCAUUCAUCCUCAAGGUGGUGCAGUUGGAGGAACUCAUGGCCGUGCGUCAUUCUGUCUUCGUAGUUGGAAAUGCAGGAACUGGGAAAAGCCAGAUAUUGAGAGUUCUCCAUAAAACCUAUGUAAACUUGAAGAGGAAGCCUUUAUGGAAUGACCUCAAUCCGAAGGCAGUAGACAGAGAUGAAUUGUUCGGCUUCAUCCAUCGUGCGACUCGAGAGUGGAAAGAUGGUUUGCUCUCAUCGCUGAUGCGAGAGCAGGCAAACAUCUCCCACCAAGGACCUAAGUGGAUUGUGUUGGAUGGAGACAUUGAUCCGAUGUGGAUUGAAUCACUCAACACAGUGAUGGAUGACAACAAGGUCCUCACUCUGGCCAGUAAUGAACGUGUGCCACUUACGUCUUCCAUGCGACUGGUCUUUGAAAUCAGUCACCUAAGGGCGGCCACUCCUGCCACUGUGUCCAGGGCGGGAAUCCUUUAUGUUAACCAACAGGACCUGGGCUGGAAUCCGUGUGUUGCCAGCUGGAUUGACCAAAGAGAACGGCAGACAGAAAGGGCCCACCUUACCAUACUGUUUGAAAAAUAUGUUCCUCGUUGUCUCAAAAAAAUGAGAAACACCUUCAAGACCAUCACUCCCAUCCCAGAGAACUCUAUGGUGCAGACACUUUGCACCUUGCUUGACUGCCUUCUAACACCAGGAAAUAUUCCAUCUGACUCUCCACGGGAGCUCUAUGAGACCUACUUCACCUUCGCCUGCAUCUGGGCUUUUGGUGGUGCCAUGUAUCAAGAUCAGCUGUGUGAUUACCGGCUAGAGUUCAGUCAGUGGUGGACCAAAGAAAUGAAGACAGUGAAGCUACCAGCGCAAGGCACAGUGUUCGACUACUAUCUUGACCCCCAAACCAGACGCUUCCUGCCCUGGAGCGAUACUGUGCCUCCGUUUGAAAUGGAAACUGGUACACCAGUACAGGCUGUUCUGGUACACACAGCAGAGACUGUUCGUCUUCGGUACUUCAUGGACUUGUUGCUGGAGAGGAGACAGCCAGUGAUGCUUGUGGGGAACGCGGGAGUAGGAAAGAGUGCAGUUGUCAGGAACAAGUUAGACUGUCUGCCAGAGAGUUACAUGACCACAAAAGUGCCCUUCAACUACUACACUACCUCCCUCAUGCUGCAGGGGAUCUUGGAGCAACCAUUAGAGAAAAGAGCAGGUAGAAGCUAUUCCCCCGUGGGCAACAGAAAUCUGGUCUACUUUAUCGAUGAUAUGAACAUGCCAGCUGUUGACAGUUACGGAACAGUGCAGCCUCACACACUUAUACGACAACAUCUGGAUUAUGGGCACUGGUAUGACAGACAGAAACUGACCCUAAAAGAAAUACACAACACCCAGUAUGUUGCCUGCAUGAAUCCCACUGCCGGGAGCUUCAACAUCAACCCAAGACUGCAGAGACAUUUCUCUGUGUUUGCGGUGAACUUCCCUUCAGCUGAGGUUCAGAUGUCGAUCUUCAGUCAGAUCCUCGGCAGCCACCUGAAGCAGCAGCUAUUCAGUCCGCUGGUUCAGAGAAGUGCUGCGACUGUGGUCCAAGCUGCCAUAACUCUUCAUCACAGGAUGGUUCACAGCUUUCUGCCCACAGCAAUCAAAUUUCACUACACAUUUAAUCUACGAGACUUGUCCAACGUCUUUCAGGGAAUUCUCCUUGCUGGGCCUGAAUGUGUGAGAGACCGCACAGAACUGGCGCUGCUGUGGCUUCACGAGUCCUGCAGAGUGUACUCAGACCGACUGGUCGAUGACAAGGACUUGCAGUUCUUCCGGAAACUCCAGAUGGAGACUGUGCAUGAGUGCUUUGAGGGACUGGAGGACAAAAAGGUGACAAAGCAGCCCCUCCUCUAUUGCCACUUUUCCCAGAUGGCUGAGGCAGCCUCCUAUGCUCCUGUCACAGACUGGUCUGUGCUCAGGACCAUCCUCACAGAUGCACUGGAGAGCUACAAUGAGCUUAAUGCAGCCAUGAAUUUGGUGCUGUUUGAAGAUGCCAUGCAACAUGUAUGUCGCAUCAGUCGCAUCCUGGAGUCUCCGAGGAGUCAUGGCUUACUGGUUGGGGUCGGGGGCAGCGGGAAGCAGAGCCUGACUCGUCUGGCUGCCUACAUGUUCUCUGUGGAAGUCUUCCAAAUCACCCUAAGUAAAGGUUAUAGCAUCCAGCACCUCAAGAUGGAUCUGGCAGGUUUGUUCCUGAAGACUGGAGUGAAGAACCAGCGUGUGGCUCUGCUUCUGACUGACGCACAAAUACCUGAUGAGCGGUUCCUGGUCAUCAUUAAUGACUUACUGGCAUCAGGAGAAAUUCCUGAGCUCUUCAGUGAGGAGGAGAUUGAAGGAAUCGUGUCGGGCGUGAGAGCAGAUGUCCGAGCCCUCGGACUGCUGGACAACAGAGAGAACUGCUGGAGAUUUUUUACUGACCGAGUCCGACUACAGCUCACGGUGGUUUUAUGUUUGUCUCCUGUGGGCAGUGUCCUCCGUGUUAGGGCGCGUCGAUUUCCGGCCCUCGUCCAAUGCACCACCAUCAACUGGUUCCACCCUUGGACCACUGAGGCGCUGCAGUCGGUCAGCCACAGGUUCAUCCAAGAGAUUGAAGGCAUUGAGCCUGCCGUCCAGGAAUCCAUCAGUCUUUUCAUGGCCUACGUUCACACUAGUGUCAACCAGGCAAGUGAAAAAUACCAGCGCAAUGAGAAGAGGUACAAUUACACCACCCCCAAGAGUUUUCUCCAGCAAAUCACCCUGUACAGAAACCUUCUGCAGAAGAGCCGGGCACAGCUCCAGCACAAAAUGAACCGGCUUGACAGCGGCCUUCAAAAACUGCAAACCACCGCUGCUCAGGUUGAGGACCUACAAUCCAAAUUGGCCUCCCAAGAAGCCGAACUGACCUUUAAAAACCAGAAUAUCGAAGCUCUCAUCACAAAGAUUGGAAUGCAGACUGAGAAGGUUAGAAACAAGAGGGAGGCUGCUGAUGUUGAGGCACAAAAGGUUUCUGUGAUCCAGGCCGAAGUAUCAGUCAAACAGAAGGACUGUGAAAACGACUUGGCCAAAGCUGAGCCAUCACUGGCCGCUGCCACAGCAGCACUGGACACCCUCAACAAGAUGAAUCUCACUGAGCUGAAGGCCUUUCCAAACCCUCCAGUGGCAGUGAUCAAUGUAGCAGCAUCUGUGAUGGUUCUGCUAGCCCCCCGCGGUCGAGUGCCAAAGGAUCGGAGCUGGAAGGCGGCGCGGGCCUUCAUGGGCAAGGUGGAUGAUUUCCUGCAGGCCUUGGCGUCAUAUGAUAAGGAGCACAUUCCCGCUACCUGUUUGACUGUGGUGAAACAAGAGUAUCUGAGAAAACCAGAGUUUCACCCUGAUCUCGUUCGUACCAAAUCUACAGCUGCAGCUGGUCUCUGUGCCUGGACUAUUAACAUUGUCAAAUACUAUGAGAUUUACUGUGAGGUCAUACCAAAGAGACAUGCGUUGUCACAAGCCAAUGCAGAACUAGAAACGGCAACAGCCAAACUGUUGUCUGUUCAAAAGAAACUGGCGGAUCUUGAUGCCAGCGUCCAGAGCUUAACGGCUCAGUUUGAAAGGGCCACAGCUGAGAAAAUCAGUUGUCAGGAGGAGGUGGCGCGUACCAACCAGACCAUAGAGCUGGCUAAUCGACUAGUCAAGGGCUUAGAGUCAGAGAAGGAGCGCUGGUCCCAAGCAAUUGUUCAGUAUGAAAAGCAGCAGAAAACCCUCUGUGGUGAUGUCCUCCUCACUUCAGCAUUCGUCUCUUACAUGGGGUAUUUUACCAGGCAGUAUCGUGUUGAGCUCCUUAACAAUGCAUGGAUCCCCUUCCUUCAGUCUCAGAAGGUCUCUGCACCCCUGACAGACGGCCUGGAUCCCAUCCUCAUGCUUACAGACGAUGCCACUGUGGCUGCCUGGCAUAACCAGGGCCUGCCAAAUGAUCGGAUGUCCACUGAGAAUGCUGCCAUCCUGACCACCAGUGAGCGUUGGCCACUCAUCAUUGACCCACAGCAGCAGGGCAUCAAGUGGAUCCGAAACCGGCUGGGGUCAAAGCUGAGGGUGGUGCAGCUGGGACAGAAGGGGUAUCUAGAUGUGAUUGAACAAGCUUUAAGUUCUGGUGAAACGGUUCUGAUAGAGAAUCUGCCAGAGAAGGUUGACCCUGUCCUGGAGCCACUACUGGGCAGAAACACCAUCAAAAGAGGAAGGUACAUUCAAAUUGGGGGCAAGUUUUGUGAGUACAACAAUGACUUCAAGCUUAUACUGCACACCAAGUUGGCCAAUCCCCAUUUCCCUCCUGAGCUCCAGGCCCAGACAACCCUCAUCAACUUUGCAGUGACUCCUGUGGGCCUGGAAGAACAGCUGCUGGGACAGGUAGUGUCCCAGGAAAGGCCUGACCUGGAGGCGCUAAAGAUGACGCUGACCACACAACAAAACCACUUCAAGAUCGAGCUCAAGAGGUUGGAGGACGACCUGUUGAGUCGCCUCUCUGCAGCCUGCGGUAAUUUUCUGGGUGACAUUUCUCUCGUGGAGCAACUUGAGAACACCAAGACCACGGCUGCUCACAUUCAGCACAAGGUGGUGGAGGCCAGAGAGAACGAGACAAAGAUCAACGAGGCUCGAGAACUAUACCGCCCCGCAGCCGAGAGAGCUUCACUCCUCUUCUUCAUCAUCACUGACCUCAGCAAGAUAAAUCCCAUGUACCAGUAUUCCCUCAAGACCUUUAACUCUGUGUUUAACAAAGCGAUGGCGCGUGCAGAAUGGGACGAGGAUGUGAGGACCAGAGUGCACACCCUCGCUGAGGCCAUCACCUAUUAUGUAUUCCUGUACACCUGCCAGGGCCUGUUUGAGAGAGACAAGUUAACCUUCUUGUCACACACUGCCUUCCAGAUUCUGCUCAAACAGGGCCUGGUUGAUGCAGAGGAACUUGACUUCCUGCUGCGUUUUCCUGUGGAAGCUAGCAAACAGAGUCCUGUGUCCUUUCUCUCUCCACAUACCUGGGGCGCCAUAAAGACAAUUUCUACGAUGGACGACUUCAUUGGACUGGACAGAGACAUUGAGAGCUCACCAAAGCGUUGGAGGAAAGUCGUUGAAUCCAGUUGUCCUGAAAGGGAAAGACUUCCCCAGGACUGGAAGAACAAGAGUUCCCUCCAGAAGCUCAUCAUCCUCAGAGCACUUCGCCCUGAUAGGAUGACCUAUACACUGAGGAACUUUGUGGAGGAGAGCAUGGGUCCAAAAUAUGUGGACGCUGCCAGGCUGGAAUUUGAAAAGUUGUAUGAGGAAAGUGGCCCUUCAACCCCUGUGUUCUUCAUCCUCUCACCUGGAGUAGACCCUCUCAAAGAUGUAGAGAAACUAGGUUUGAAGCUGGGAUUUUCCAUCGACCAGGGCACUUUGCACAAUUUGUCCUUGGGACAGGGGCAGGAGGAGGUAGCCGAACGUGCUCUGAGGAACGCUUCCAAACUGGGACACUGGGUCAUUCUGCAGAAUGUACACCUUGUGGCUUGCUGGCUGCCCUCUCUAGAUUCUAUUCUAGAGACAGUAGCGGUGGACAGUCACUCCAGCUACAGAGUUUUCAUCACUGGGGAAUCUGCACCAAGUCCCGAGAAGCAUGUGAUCCCCAGAGGCAUCCUGGAGAACGCCAUCAAAAUCACCAACGAGCCGCCCACUGGCAUGAAUGCCAGUCUACACGCAGCCCUCAACAACUUCAAUCAAGACACUCUGGAUAUGUGUUCCAGAGAACAAGAGUUCAACUCGAUGUUCUUCUCCCUCUGCUUCUUCCAUGCUUGUGUUACGGAGCGCCGCAAAUUUUGUUCACAAGGGUGGAACCAUAACUACCCCUUCAGCACUGGAGACCUCACCAUCUCAGCAAAUAUCUUGUACAACUACUUGGAGGCCAAUGUCAAAUCCAUGCAGGUGCCUUGGGACGACUUGUGUUUUCUUUUCGGAGAAAUCAUGUACGGAGGACACAUCACUGAUGACUGGGAUAGAAGACUGUGUAAGACCUAUCUGCGAGAAUUCAUGCAUCCAAAAAUGUUUGAAGGGGAGCUCUCCCUGUGUCCUGGGUUCCUGGUCCCUCCUUUCACGGACUACAGUGGUUACCACGGCUAUAUCGACGAGCAUCUCCCACCUGAGAAUCCCACUCUGUAUGGUCUACAUCCAAACGCUGAGCUGGAGUGUCUCACCGUCGCCUCAGACAACCUCCUGAGGAAGCUGCUGGAACUGCAGCCACAGGACUCCUCUAGAGGAGAGGGGGCUGCUCAGAGCACAGAGGAGAAGGUCAAGUCUGUCAUCGAAGACAUCCUCGAGAGGCUUCCGGAGGAGUAUAACAUGGCAGAGAUGCUCACAAAGACGACAGAGCGAAGCCCCUACAUGUUAGUGUGUCUCCAAGAGUGUGAAAGAAUGAAUCGCCUGCUCGCAGAAAUAAGGAAGUCUCUCGAUGAACUGGAUCUUGGUCUGAAGGGAGACCUCACCAUCUCCUCAAGUAUGGAGACUCUGCAGUGCUCACUGUUCAACGAUUCUGUCCCAGACUCCUGGGCCAGACUUUCUUAUCCCUCGACUAAAACACUGGCACAAUGGUUCGGUGAUCUAAUGUGUAGCUGCCGUGAGCUCGACAGCUGGACUCAAGACUUUGUUCUACCUGCAGUCGUCUGGCUCUCGGGGCUCUUCAACCCUCAGUCCUUCCUCACCGCUGUGCUGCAGAGCAUUGCACGCAAGAAUCAGUGGCCUCUGGAUAAAAUGACUCUGACUGUGGACGUGACAAAAAAGACUAAAGACGACUUUGGACAUCCACCGCGGGAGGGAGCCUACAUCCACGGGCUCUUCAUGGAAGGAGCUCGCUGGGACACUCAGGCUGGAGUCAUCACUGAGGCGGUGUCGAGGGAUCUGACCCCGGCCAUGCCGGCGCUGUAUGCGAGAGCUGUGCCUGCGGAGGAGCAAGAACUCAAAGGUACUUACGAGUGCCCGGUGUACCGCACCAAGCGGCGCGGGUCCACGUACGUCUGGAGCCUCCACCUCCGAACCAAACUGCCUCCCGCCAAGUGGACUGUAGCCGGAGUGGCGCUGCUGCUGUCUGUGUGAGCCUCUGCAGUAAUAUCAGUGAGUCUUUCGAUGUUUUGUACAGUAUGUGCCAACAGCAUUGUGAAAACGGUGUUUAAAAAAACAGAUAUUUUUAGACAGUAUUGCAAACAUUUUCUUCUUUAUCAUGUUUAUACACUUUAAUUCUUUCAUCACUUUCCACAUUGGUUUAUAUAGCUGCUUUCAGACAUGCACGGAAAUCUGGAUGUUUUCUUCAUAUUUCCUGAAGGGGCUGUAUGUGAGACACAAUUGUCUACAAAUGUUGCUCUGGACAUUUUCCUGAACUUUCCCCGUCAUCCCCCCUCGUGUUAUUACCACUGAAUGUCCAAAUGAGCCCAUGUGAGAGAAUACAGCAAGAAAAUCUCCAGAAAUGUUAUCAGGUCGAAUGAGUGGGCGUGUUGAUGACUGUAAACAAGUACACUGAUCUCCGCAGCUGAAUUAUGGCCACGUCCUUCCUCCUGCAUGAUCUGCCCGGACGCCAAAAAGAAUCUUCCGGAAAUGUUCCCGUUAGUGUGAGUGCCUCUGACACGCACAAUCUCCUGCUGUAUUCCGUCAUAUGUGAAAGGCGCAACUCUGGACAAUGUCUGGAAAAUUUGGUUGGGACAUCCAAACAUUUUAUGUGACAAAGCUGUUUUUGUAGUGUGUUUUGAAUGUUUUUAGAUUUAAAGAUACAGUAAAUAAAGAGGUGCAAGUCCAUGUUGA